AACGUUAUUUGAAAAGUGUCGACGGAUGGUCUCUGCUAGUUGGCUUCAUCUCAGUGCGCUCUCUCUCUUGCUGGUGGAGCUGCUUGGAUGGCCGAUCUUUCUAGAAUCUGAUUAGAAGGUGGAGAGGAAACGCAUCUGAGCUUUUCGUUUCAAUUGAUCGAUCGCGAGAAUCUGUGUCGGAGGUCGAAGAUGUUGGACGGCUUAUUAGGUCGAGGAUUUACUUCGAAAUGUAAAUCGUGGAUCAAGGGAACAAGGACUCGAAUCGAUGUGAUACGGAGGAAGAGGGACGCGACGCAGAAGUUUCUGAAGAAAGAUGUCGCCGAUCUGCUUGCUAAUGGUCUCGAUAUCAAUGCUUUUGGAAGGGUUGAAGGACUUUUAAAGGAACUGAUGCUCUCAUGGUGUUACGAUUUUGUUGAGCAAUCUUGCGAUUGUAUACUGAAGCAUCUUUCAAUCAUGCAAAAGCAGAGUGAAUGCCCUGAGGAAUGCAGGGAGGCUGUGUCAUCCCUAAUGUUUGCUGCUGCUAGAUUUUCUGAUUUACCAGAAUUGCGUGACCUCAGGAAUAUAUUUCAAGAGAAAUAUGGGAAUUAUGUGGAACAUUUUGUGAAUAAAGAGUUUGCUGAGAAUUUAACUUCAAAGCCUCCUACAAGGGAGAAGAAAAUCCAAUUAAUGCAAGAUAUAGCAUCAGAGUUUUCCAUUAGGUGGGACUCCAGGACUUUUGAACAGACAAUGUCUAAGCCCUCUGCAUCUGUGCCAGAAAAACCUAAGAAAGUUGGGUCUUUCAAUGUGAUCGAUGAUAAACAUAAAUUACCCAAUGGCCAGGACACAGUACUAAAAAGAUAUAAAUCUGAUACUUCAUCUAGGGAAAGGCAUGAAGGUACCAAUAAAGGGCAGAAAUUGCAGAGUGACAGAGAGGGCAAUCAUACCAACAACUUAUACCAGCCACUCAAUAGCAGGGAAGCCCAUGAUAUUCCAUUUCAAGGCAGGCAAGAACUUACUGCUGAUAGACACAAGAUGUUUAUUGGAAAGGAUGCUGCCUCUGAAACAAUUAGAUCAGGUAGUUCAUCUCAUGGUAAACGACACGAAGGCAUUGAUGGUGCGUACAAGCUUCAUAAUAUUGGGGAAAAUACUGUCUCUAAAAGAGAGAACCAGGAGACUUUAUCUCAUGGAAAAUCAAAUUCUUCUGCUACCCAUGUAGAACGGCUGAUUAAGAGUGAUGACAGAGCUGUGCCCUUUGCUGGUAAUAAAAACACCGGUCAGCACAAUACUGGGAAAUCAAUUAGGGAAGUUGAAGAGGUAGAAAAAUCCUACUAUAACAAUGCCAUCCCUCCUCCAUAUGUGAAACCACCGAAAUCUAGCAAACAUGGGGCCAACAAAGGAUCAAAGCGUGCUCCCAUAGAUCCUUCAACACAUAACAGAGCUGGUGCCACUAAUACAGCAGACGGGAUCCAAAUAAGAUCAGAUCAUCUUGACCAUGAGAGGCAGGUUUUUGGAUCUGAAAAUGGUCAUCAUGACCAUGACCGGCAGGUUGCUGGACCUGCAAGGAUGAAUAACCGUCAUGACAAAUCUUAUCAGCAUCAAGAUGAUUUAACUGGUGAUCCCAUACCAAAAACAAGAUCAAGCAGGAGGAGACAUUCAAGAUCACCAUCCAGCCACAAUGAUGUUGGUAAUUUUGAAGAUUCUGAAGCCCCCGUGGACCCUUCUAUCCAUAUCAGAGCCAGUGCCAAAAAUAGGUCUGAGAGGAUCCAAGGAGGAUCAGAUCGUUCUGAUCAUGAGGGGCAAUUUGUUGGGCCUGUGGGUCAUGGUCAUGAGAAAGAUUACUAUUAUCAAGAUGAUAUAACUGGUGACCCCUUGCGAAGACCUAGAUCAUUGAGGAGGAGACGCUCUAAAUCUUUGAGUCAUGAAGAUAGUGACCAUAUUGAAGGUGCAGGAGUUGUAAAGAGAAAUUCAAGUAGCAGGAGAAGAGAGCACUCAAGACGAGGUAUGCAAGUUGUGCUUGAUGAUGGACGAUAUGAGAUAGAUGAAGAGGAAAGGAUAAUAGAUCGACUGUUGUUACAUUAUAGUAAGAAACCAACAGCCUAUGAGCCAGGAAAGGUGAGGAAGAAAUCUAAAGCCCAUCCUUCACAUCACUCGGGUGAAUCGCCAGAAAAUGAAAGCAAAGAGGGUCCUGGUGUGAAGUCAGAGAUCGUUCCUACCACAGCGAGAUCGGUUUCUCUCCCCAGGGAACAAACAUCUACUUCUGAAGCAACUAAAGUAUUUGCUCGCACUAAAUCUUUUCAACCGGAUAUGUUGAACCAGGCACGGCACGUGCAUCCUAAGCUACCAGAUUAUGAUGAUUUGGCUGCUCGGUUUGCAGCCUUGAAAGGGAGGUAAAGAGUAAGGGCAAGUGAAACCUCAGAAUGUUCACUGUUUUCAUUUCCAUUGCUGUAUAACCAGGUCUGUUCCUUGCUCUCUUGCAGAGGCUUAUGCUCCAAACACUAAUGGUGAGAAACUCCUUCUGGGUUUACCUUACAAGUGACACAGUUCUUUGAAUUCCCAGUAAUUGGAGCAUCACCUUUCAGGGACUUGCCCAACUGGCAUUUCAUUUUCUUUUCAGUGCAUGGGAGAUCUGUUUGCAAUAUACUUUGGGUUCACUUUGGUUUCAGUUUCCAUUACAUUUGAUUUUCCAGACUACUUGGUUGUAAAAUUUGUAACAAUGCAAUAUGAUACAGAUUUUUUUAUAGGUACUAUAUAGAAGUUGAGUUUGAGAUACUGCUACUAUGUCAUCAGAGUUGCAUUGCUAUAAUUGAAUGAGGGGAUGGUUACAGUUUAA